UAUUCAUAUGGAUAAGUAACCAACGCCUCCAAAACAAAAUCCCACAGACAAAUCGAGAAAACACAACAAUGGCAACUCUUUCAAUUAAUCUCCAACAAAGGGCUUUCUCUUUUCGGAAUUCUUCAACUCAGCACAAAAUCGUUCAUCAUCCAACUCAAAUACGAUGCUCUUCUACAAACGACGCUUCUGAAUCUGUAGAAAGUUCAUCCCAAUUUAAGGAAAUUAGGAAUGUAGCAUGUGGAUUCCUCGCUGUUUGGGCUGUCGCCACUGUUUCGCCUGUGAUCGCUGCAUCUCAGAGGCUGCCCCCUUUGUCGAACGAUCCGAACAGGUGCGAACGCGCGUUCGUCGGCAACACAAUCGGCCAAGCAAACGGGGUUUACGAUAAGCCACUGGAUCUCCGAUUCUGCGAUUACACGAACGAGAAGUCGAACCUCAAGGGCAAGUCUCUAGCUGCUGCAUUAAUGUCCGAUGCCAAGUUCGAUGGAGCGGACAUGACUGAAGUGAUCAUGUCCAAGGCUUAUGCCGUCGGAGCAAGUUUCAAGGGGACGGACUUUACGAAUGCUGUUAUAGACAGGGUGAAUUUUGGGAAGGCGAAUCUGGAGGGAGCUGUGUUUAGGAAUACGGUUCUAUCGGGGUACGACUUUCGAAGAGGCUCAACUCAAAGAUGUGGAUUUGAAGAUACGAUAUGGUCUACCGGACACCACGCGACGGCGGGGCUCUUCCAGCCGCUGGACCCUACCUCCGGCUGA